AUGGAAAAGCUUCUGAUUAUCGAACCUCAACACCUCAAUUUUACUUACGAGCCGAAUAAGGAAUCAUCUUCGUCGAUCCGACUUUCCAAUAAGACCGAUCAGCAUGUUGCGUUUAAGGUUAUGACUACGACACCGAAGAAUUACUGCGUCCUACCGAAUAUCGGAGUUGUUUCGCCAGGAUCGAGUUGUGAUGUUUCAGUUAAAAUGAUUGGUCCAACUGCACUCCCAACUGAAGGGAAAUGUUCGGACAUAUUUUUGAUUAAUACUGUGGUUGCAAGUUCGGGUGCAACCCCAGUAGAUGCUAUUAAGAAGCUGUUUGAUAAGGAGGCUGGACUUCAAAUUCAAGAAUGCAAAUUGGGAGUUAUCUACACUUUCUCUGAGAUGGGCGUCAGCAAACUUGUUGAAAUUAAUCCUUCAGAGUUCAAGUUUGAUUUUAAGCUGAGGAAGGCGCUCUCUUGUUCGCUCAAAUUGUCAAAUAUCACCGAUACUUGUGUCUUUUUUAAUGUGAAAACUACAGAUUCAAAGAAGUAUUGUGUUCUACCAAACACGGGGAUUGUGUUGCCGCGAUCAACUUGUGAUGUUAUUGUGAGAAUGAAAGCUCAGAACGAAAUUCCUCAGGAAACGCAAUGCAAAGAUAAGUUUUUAAUUCAGUGCACAGCCGGAAAUCCUUCAGCCACUAUAAAAGACGUUACCCCGGAAAUGUUCAAUAAAGAAGUACGUUCCGUUGAAGAGUACCAAUUGGGUGUGGUCUACAAUUUCGCAUUGCAAGAAGGACCACUUAAUUAUAUUCCUCAGGUUAUACGAGGGUUCAUUGCGAGUAGCCUCGGUAGUUUACUCAUGAAAGGCGUGGCUACUAGCUUGCUAGGGCUAAUCCUUUCGUACUUGGUGAUGAAAAUACUGCCUCAAAUAUGGUACGUAAACCGAGUUUAUACAAAUGCACCGAAUAUUAUAACGACGCGCUUUGCCUUGAAAGCUUGUUUAAUUGAUUAAUGCACGUUGUUGUGGUGGUGCAGGAGUCUGAGCAUUGUGAUAGGGAUGCUGGCUGUGAAGAUGAUACAACACUUGGUUUCA